AUGAGUCUUUACGCUUUCGAUCCUGAACUGGAGCAAAAAUUAAAUGACAUUGACGAAUUUAUCAGGUCGCAGUGCGGAGACGAGUUAGCCGAAGGGUUUGAUCAAAGCGAGUGGCUUUUGCCUUCAAACGCCGGGGAAGCCCCGCCGCAGCCCAGCUCUUGCAACGUGAAAGGUACGUCUGGGAAUUUUGUUCUAAUAAGGCGCUAACGGAUAAAUCCGAGUGAACAAAGCAGGGAGCGACAGGGUACGCCAAACUUCACUUUGAACCAGAAACGUGGCUAACAAAGGCAAAAUAAGCUCUUUAUAGUCUUAGUAAUUUAGCAGAUUUCACCACUGAAACGUGGAUAAAAAAAAUUAUUACCUCGCUUGUACAUCAUUGGCGCGAUUUUCUCUCUAUCUUUUAUACUCUUCCAAACCAACGUAACAUGCUUUUAAGUCACGUAGAACGUGUCUCGGAUUUGGGUAUUAAAAACGACACCGAGUUAAAAAUGGUGCUUUCACGAUUUUUUUUGGCUAACACACUGCAUCGGAUUGCAUCAGCUCCAACAGCCUGGAGAACGACAAUAACAGCGAAACUAAUUCCAUAUAUUUUCAAGCCACAUGAUCUGAAACAGAAUUAGAGUAUCAACGUGCCUUUAAACAAUUUGACGGUAAGGUACACCCGAUGUUGUGUACACGCAUUAAGCAGCGUCACUUCGCGAAACAGUCAUUAAUUGACUUGCUCUGUUUCAAGUAGCGCACUCGGCAGUUUUCUCGUUUACUUCCACGUGCUCCCCUAAGGCGGGCUAAGUUCGUUAACAUUUUUCCUUUUUGUAAGCAAACUGAAAUUACCAAGUGACACUAAACAAAUUUUCCGCGUCUAAGUUUACCGAGUUGAGAGAAUGGUCUUCAACUUAACGGAUCAACAUGUACAUACGUAGCUCAGUGCAACAUGCUGCGUGUGCUUACUUGAAUCAUACCUGUCCAGCAAUAAAAUAAAGAAGCUAUUGCUCUUUAUUAUGUAUUCAACUUUUCUGAAAGACUUCGACGUAUCAGGAGGUACAAUUUUAUCUUUGAAGCCUUAAGUGAUAAGUCAAUGUUAUUGAAAGAUCCUGUUUCCUUCCCCUCAAAUAGUCAGUCUUGGACAAACUGACCACAAACAAACCAGUUCUCGUAUUAUCACCAAAAGUGUGAGGCAUUCAAGUACUUCCCAAUUACCAAAAUAAACUGUAAUUUUAUUGCGCGUGCUAGAAAUACUGCUUGAACCAGUUUCCAAGCCUUUUCCCCGAUAUUCUUUGUCGAGCUCACAUGCAGUUAUGGCAGACUCAAAAUAAAAAUAACUUCAAUCGAUGCUGAUGGCAACACAAAACGUACCGUACGCGCCUACAGUUAAAUCAAAAUUGUUUUCUUUUCUGUGAAAAGUAAUUUUUCUCUCUGAAAUACAACAGUGUCAAUCAAAUUAGCUAAAAAUUUCAAAUUGGGGAGUGUGUCAUUUUGUUAUAAUAAGCAGUUCAAGUUUUUGGCUUCAAUCACCGGAAAAGGAAAAGUCUUAUAUCUGAAAAUUUACUGACAGAAGGAGGAAAAGCAUAGUAAAAAAACUAGUCUUCAGAAGCUAGGCCUGCCUGAGAUGUUCUGGAUAAGAAUUUACCCCGUGUUUUCUUGGAGUGUAAGUUUUAAGUUGCUUUACAUUUAUUACUGAUAAAUUAUUAAGAUAGCCUUACAAAAAUUAUGCCCUCUUUCAAAGCAAAAUUGGUCUAAAUUUGACAAUUUUCAGUUUGGUAAUGAACGUGUCCAAAGGAACUUCGUUAAUGUGUCCAUUUAUUUCUAUUAUAUGUUUUGGUUGCCAACGAGAUGUUCUCUACUCUGCAAAGUAUGUACUUCCCUUCUUACACCGGAUAAAUAAACGCGUAAUACUUAAACCAAAAUAGGGCUAUUUUAUCAUUUUUCGCCGAUAAGCAGCAAAAACAAAACAUCAGCAGAAACCAGAGAAACCUUAGGAACACCAUUCAUUGUCUCAAUUUGUAACAGAGAAGCCCUUUCAAUGACUAAGUUGCUUUCUUGAUGUGGCACUAAGUUGAAAGUAUCUAUCGUUCGAUAUCUCAUCUUUGUCAUAAUCUAUUGUCGGAGCAAAAAUGUUGUCCUUUGUAAAGCAAUCAGAAAAAGGGCUAGCUUAGGAGAAUACGGUUAAGUAAACCUUCUGAUAAAACUGAUCAAACUCCACUUUGCAAAAAAGACAGGCUACGACUGGAACAAGUGUUUAAGGUAUGGAUAUCAGUAAUUUUAUAAACAUCAGUAUAUAUACUUGACCCAAUUGCAAGCAUCUAUUCUUCCAAUGGCGCUCAUAAAAUUAAAUAUAUUCAAUUUUACCCCCCAACAAAUGAAGACAGAACACUUUUUUUUCUCCAGAGAGACUCAAUACUUUCAAGGAUAAGUCUAGUGAGGUUGUAUAUGACAUGAAUAGUUUUCGAAAAUAAAACUUAUGUUCUGCAAAGACGCACACUAAGACAGUCCUUGUAAUGUGCGUGUACCAAUUCAUAAAGAAAGCAAACAUAAUUUAAAUUAAAGCAAUUGCAUAGAAUGGCUUAGUUUUCAUUUAAACGCAUUUGUUUUUCUGAAUAUAAGCAAUGCAUUUUUUCAAUUAAAAACUGAACAAGUUUUUGAGUCAUCCUUUGAAACGUACUUUGAAGCUAAAGGCAAAUUGCAUGAGGUCUAAUACCAGUAUGUCCUACAAAGUUGACAAGAUUGAUAGGAAAGAAGGGUUUUGAUCCAAUUUGCGUUAAGAUAAGAGGAAAAUAAAAAGCUACCUUUAUUUGAAGAGCAGUCUGAGUGAAUAAACAAGGUUAAAGAUCUAGAAAAACAACUCUACUUUAUGUCAGGCUAUGAAGGUUGCUCAACAUCACAACACAACGAGCUCGCUUGUUGAAUUCAUCGAACAACGUCCUUACGUUAACUAUUUGCAAGAAGACUAAAACAAGUAAUAAUCAUGUCAAAGUGUUCCGGCGUUAACGCCUGAAACGACUUGACGUUUGUAUAGUCUUUACCAGGCUAAUUUGUUAAAGCUCGAUACAGGGAUAAUAGUAAUAAUAAUGAUAAAAAACAAAGUCCUAAGCUGACCAGCAACAGUCAGUUCCAUGACAAUAUGGCGAGCAUAUUCAAUAAAAUGAAAAAACACUUAUCUUCACAAUUUGCUUUUAGUUAGUCAUAUUUACUCAACAUCUACAACACUCUUUGUUUGGGAAGUCUUCCGGCCUUUCAUAUUGUUUUAAGUAGCUUUAGUUAAACAAAAAGACGGCAUUACUCAUCAAGAUAUGUUUUCAGUGCUACAACAAAGAAACGCACUGGAAUCGGUCAACAACACUAGUUCAAUUCCAUAACCAACACUUUGACUGUGGACAAAAAAAGUGAAAAGUCAUUCACAGUAACAAACACUGUUGCAACUUAGUGCUUUUUUGGCAAUGAGAAACACAACGAUAUAUAAGCGUUUACGGUAAAUUCGUUAUACGCAAAGGACACAUAAUGUAAUCUAAACCUCAAGAAGAGAACAACAAAGCUCCAUUAUGCACGUCGAAAAAUCGUGAAACAGUAAGGUUUAGUUGCGUUAAGCCUGAAAUAUCUCAGUUGAAACUAGAAGGUUAUCGUUUCCUUUUACCGAGACCACUGCAAUAAUUAGUGAGCUGAUUGAUUAUGAAAUAAAAAUUCCAAGAAAGUCUAAAAGCACAGCUAAUAUUCAAGCUUCCUAUACUUAGUUGUCUAAUUAUGGCGACUACCUCGUACACUUGGGCAAGCUGAGGCAGAAGGGAUAUAGGUUAUAAAGAAAACAGGAAGUGAGUUUUCCUCGUUGUUUCAACCUACACAGUUCACAAAUAAUCAGCUGACGCACAAUAACUAAACAAAAGGCUAACACCUAUACAUUAACAAAAGCAGAGUAAGGGACAAAUAUCCCUUACAAAACGUCAUUGUAAGAGACAUUUAACACCUUAUCUUAUUCAGUUCUUGGAUACAGAGUUAAGUCAAUGCAAUUUCUGUGAAAAACGUUCAACACAUCUCAAGAAUGGAACACAAAGAAAGGAAAAGAGUAUCAAAUUAUCUAACAGCAAAGAAGCUUUUUUUAGUCAUUGUAUGGCAGUAAACCUGCUUGGUCUAACAAACAAUACAAUAUCAGGUUUUACUCAACUAUAGUAAAUAGUAAACAUUUUUAAAAUGACCAACUGCGCAACAAGUCUUAUCGCUUAGAAAAGUGGACAUAUUAUCUCCAGGUGUUGGAAAACGUCUUGCUCCCUCCCCUGCCCAAUCCCCACCCCCUAUGCCUUAGUCCUUUUGUGCAAGAUAAGAAGGGGGUAUGAUUACAAAUUUCCUUUCUUUCAAAAGCAUCCAGGAUAUAACUCUCAAGGCUGGCAGCAUUUUACUAUUUUAAGGUGGAAUUUUGCUGACAUGAAAAAAGGCUUUCCUAACAAUUCUAGGCGACUCGAACGUUGAAGACAAUUUUUUAUAUUCUCUCUUCACAAUGGACACGAGCCCGGAGUUUUCUAAUAGACAUUGAUAAUUCGUGUCAGGUGUAAGUCUCCAGAAAGUCCAGCCAGGUUUGCACGGUACAGUAAACAGGAAACCUCUUGCCUAUGGGUGAUGAAAUGUUAAGGAAAAUGGUUAUGAGCUAUUUACUUCUAUGGAGUAAAAUACAUGUUGCUCCGAGCAGAAAUGAUUUGUAUUCACCCACGCAUAGCGGAAAGGAAAGAUAAUUGAGUUUAAUGAAAUUGCGGGUGACUGAAUUCAAGUUGUUCAUCACUGAUGACAAAAUUUGUUUUGUGUUUCAACAAUUCUCAAUAAAAUGCCAGUUAAAUAGGCUAGAACUUGCAUGUGAUUACCAACUGAUAUAAAAGCUGCCUCUCUGUUUUCUUAUCACUUCUUACUGAAUCGCACCUGGGCCUGUUUGUUCGCGCUUGUAAGUUGUCGAUAAGUUGUUCGUACUUCCGGUUCAGCAGGGUGAGGUCACGCCGCUGUAUGCAUGCCCGUUACGCUUUUCCCGUUCAGCUUUCCGAGAAAGUCCAACUGACGCCCAAUAUAGGAGCCAGUUUUCUCCUUCAAGCCCCAUGUUAUUUUACUUUCUAAAAUUAAGCUUAAGUGCUUGUGAAGCUUUAUUAAAACAUUAAAAAAGCAUUGAACUUGUCUUUGUCUGUUCGCCAGGCAAGUGCGACUGAACAGUAUGUUUACGCGGGGUUUUGCGCCAGCGGUCUCAAAUUCGUGAAUAAGCAAAAAUACUCUUCGUAAUGGUUGAACAAGUUUAAUAAGCUGCAGUAAGUCGUUGGCACGCCUCUCUAUGAAACAAAAGUUCGGGUCAAGGUUAAUUCAAGCUUAUUUUCCGUAUCAGAAACGAUCGAGUUACCAGAAAUAAAACCUGUGAUUAGUAUGGAACUCACGUAUACGUUUUUCAAGCGUUCAAAAGGUUAAUUCUCUACUGCUACAACUUCAAAAGAAGAAAACUCGAUUCCUUUGAAAACAAAUCGCUGUAAAAACGACAUACUAAGUUUUACGUAUCUAAUAAUAGUGAAAAAGUGUAAGUCUUUUGUUACUUUUCUGAAGAUGGCAUUUUGAACGAGACUUACUACAUAUCCUCUCCCUAUUCCCCCCAUUUUUAAAAUGUUACGUAACUCAAAAAAACGUGCGUGGUAUCGGAGAACUAACUAAGAGAACUGGAAGUAAAAUAGGCAAGACUAAACUGCGGGACCGAGAACUUGUUCAAUUCUCUCUCAUGUGAUUUCUUUUGGUCUCGUGAACACUGUACGUCAGAGCGAGGAGGUAUUGGUCUGUUUACAAUAAAGAUAAAGUUUUGGUUGGUUGACGACAAAAACUUUAUGGUCACUUAGCAUAAAGAAGAAAGCAUACAAAAAUUAUUGAUUGAUUAGAAGAACUACGGGCUUAUCAACGGUGGUCUAGUGAUUUUACAAGAUUUUUUAUCGUUUCGUGAUCAUCAAGAUUCAAAAGGGAUUAGCACCAAUUGAGAUAGAGAAGAAAGAGCUCUUGUGUAGUAACUCAUGUGUCCUUCCGAAUGCAUCAACAAAUGUUGUUCAUCUUCGACGCAUUUUUGUUUUUGCACGCUAAGCUCGUUCUUUCGUCUAAAGACAAAGCCGCGCCUUUGUUCUUGUCAGCGGGAUUUUCCAGUUUGUAUCUGAAGUAUAUGAGCCCUUACCGUAUAGGCGUUUUCUAAGACGUAGUCUAUGAAUGAGCUUCUUCGAGAAAACUUUUCGAAUGGGUAUGUUUUUGCAUUAAUUCUUUAUUAGAAUCUUAAUUAGUACUUUACUGAGUGACUCAGUGAGCAAGUUGGUAUAGCUAACGUAUCUCCUUAUUUGUUUACUUUGAAAGCAGUUGCCCCAAGUAACACGGUUUCUUGUGGCGCCAGAAUGGAUGAGCUCUCUACGCACCAUUGCUCAACAUCACAAGGACCUGAGGUACGGGUUCAAAUACUGAACCUCAUGGACAUCUAUGACAAAAAAACUACAAAGACAUCGGGAAAGUACGAAUAUCGCCUGGGAUCGUCGGAGGUGACUAUUGUAACCCAUUCAUCCGAAGAAAUUAAAAGAGUUCGAGUAUAUGUGCAGAGAUGCCCUGAAGCAGCAGUAAGGACACACGACACAACAGGUACUUUUAGCAAUCAAGACCGGUUUCCUCUCACCCUAGGAAUGCUUACAUCUAGUCAAUCACAUAAGAAUUGAUAUUCAUAGAAUGGAGAGUCUUUUCAUGUGUUUGAAGCACCUGUCAAGGAACCAAUUCAGUUCAAUAAGUCUAAAAAUGUCCCCUAAUUUCACUCAAACAUUUUACUGUAAGGACUUAUUUUCAAGAACGUUCGGGAAAAAAAAAGAUUAAUCAAUAAUAUUUGCUCGGUUACCUGAAAAAAGAAAAAGAACUUUGCUGAAUGCAUAUAUUGAUAACGAGUUAAUUUUUCCUCAACAUGUUGUUAAAGUAGAACCUCAAUAUAUCGAACACUUUUCAGUUUAACAAAAACUGCACAAAGUAACGAACAAAAAUAUGGAGUAAUAAGUACCAAGGAUUAACACAGCAGCACAGUGACCUCAAAUACCUGUUUGGACUUCUUUGAAUUCUCUUCUGUGCAGCUUUUAGUAGCUUUAAAUACCUGUAAAACGGAGCACUGAUGGAGAGAGAAGGGUAACAAAAAUGAGCGCUCUUUCGGCCUCAAGUUUUUUGGCCAGAUAAAUAUUUCGAGCUACCGACGUUAGUUUUGUGAAAUGUAUACUAGGAUAAACCCACACACUUCCUUUAAUCGUGAUUCAUUGCAUAUCAGUGGCCACUAGGCACGUCAUAUUAAACAUUCAAACUGGUGAGUUUGUAUCGAACGUAUCUGAGUUUGGAUAGAUCAGAGUUUUAACUAUGUAUUUUUCCCUUUGCCAAAGGUCCUGUUGAACUAGAAGUAGACGUACAACACCAUAGUCAGUCGCAGACGGUUGUCUCGGUGGAUUUAGGAUCAGUCCACAGAACCGAGGAAGGAUUUGCAGUGUACCGACUAGAAAAGUCUGACAUCGUGGAGAGAAACAAGUGGGAGCUGGUUAUUAUGAUCGGUUUUCAUACUGGAAUCAUCGCUGCCUUCAAAUCAAAACCUUUUCGGAUCACUACAAGAGCAAGUCAGAGGGCAAGAAACUUAGAAGAGCAGGAAGAUAAUACCAUGGGUAAUUAGAGCACUGAGAAUUAGUUAGACUUGUCAUUGUCACUGUAGACAAUGAAUAACUGAUCUUCUAGGAGCACUGCAUUUUCAUAUUGAAAGCCAAAUUCCACGGAUGUCCAAUGAAUUGUAUAUGGCCAAUUGAUAAGUUUUCUGUCAAAAAUGUAUGAGAAACUCUCAAGUUUAUCUUAGUAUUAGUUAAAACAUACUGAAAAGUGUUAGAAUGUUUACAUCGGUACGUGCAUAAGUCUAGCAUCUUCCACAGUCAUAGUGCGUUGAAACAAUUUCAGUGUUUCAAGAAAAGAGAGCUUAAGCAACAACGACGACCAACGGCUACAAAAACGUCACACUGACUUAAAAAAGUGAAUUGGCGCUGCCUCCAACUUUAUCGCGCUUAUUCCAUCUCGUUUAAUUCGUCAAAUGUUGGCCAAUCUUUUUGGAGUUGAACUCUUAAAGACUGUAUCAAAGUUAAGGGAAAGAAAGAGAAAGUUGUUGUCUUGUGUUCCCGUCCUCGACGAAACGUGAAAUUAGCCACUUUCACGCCGUAGUCGUGCAACUACGGCUAGAACUGAAUGUACAAAAAAGCGUGAUGCACGUGCUAAGUUGUUGUUUUGUUUAUAUAAGGCUAUUGCUCUUUUGCCGUUCUUGUUGCCGUCGUCCUCGUCGUUGCUUAAGCUCCCUAUCUGCGAACAAAAGCUACCACUGCACUCAUCAAAGACAUCAUGCGAGUCUAAAAACCACCAAAACAGAAAAAGAGAGCUAUUAUUUCUUUAGCCUUAAUCACUGAUCACUGCUUGAAAAAGUUACCACAUCUAUUAAACGCAUUAUAGUUUUAAAAAGGUUUAAACACUUAUUUGUAAUUUGCAUUAUUUCGUAGAAGCUCUUGAAGAUGUGCUUCCCAGAACAUCUGCUCAAAGCUGCGAUAGCAGGACCUUCUCAACACAAAGUUGCACAUACCCCACUAUUGCUUCAGGUAGAAAAAUAUGUCAAGGUUAGAAGUCAAUAGUGAAGGGCCACUCAUUCCAACUACAGUAGUUUAUAAUUCAAAAACGAAGGAUAACUAGUACGCUUUCGUAUGAAAUAACAACCGUUUGAAAAAAAGAGAAAGAGGCUGAAAACUGACCAUCACGGUUAUCAUGGUGCAGUUUCACUUUUUGGUAAAAACUUGGCCGAAUUAAAAAAAUUGUUUCAGUAACAUGUACGUUAUGAACUCUACAGGCAAGAUAACAAGUUAUUCCCUAAAAGAGAAACAACGCAUGAACACUUUUUGGCGCUUUUCGAGUUAGAACUAAACCUGAAACGCUGGCCCACUUAUUUCAAGGGCUAAUAUGGUUAUCGAAAGCCACAAAAUAAAACAUGAACCAUUAAUUCAGGUUAAGGUUUGCUUUUAUUGCAAUGGGUUUCCAGUCUUAAAGAAACACCGAGAAAGUCACACAUUCUUUAUAAAUUAACUAUCCAAGGGAAAAAAUAAAACUGGGAUUAGCUCGUAGAUUUCACCUCGCAUGGCUGGGUAUUGAAUGACCAAGAUGGGUCUCGAAGUUUAUUUAAUCAGUUCAAAUUUCCUUUAUAGACACAAGCGACGUUGUUAAAAGAGUGGCGUCUAAGCUUCGUCAGGAAUUUUCAAAGUUUAAUCUUAAGGACGAUACUCCCUGCCCAGCACGGAAAGCUUUUAGAACAGAUCCCCUUGUGCUAGGCAAAGUUGUGCUUAGACCAGAUACGACUUUGGACAAGACGAAGGUAUGUCAAUUUCUUGUGGGGUAGCUUUGCUGCUUGUGUCGAUGGUGAAUAUUGUCAAAACAAUAACUUACAUUUGAACACGCGCCAAAUCUUUUACUGCAUCAAACCCCAUGCUGUAGUAACCAAUUGCCCCCUGAAGCUACUUUAAAUUUCCGUUUCAGACCACAAUCUGGCCGGGAAAAUGCAUUAAGGCUGUCUACAAUUCUGCUUCCUACUAUACAAUAUGUAAUUAGCUUUCAUUUAAGGCUUAAAUAUUUCCGGCCGGCCUGGCAAUGGGGGCCUGCGUGCAAAAGCUCAGUUAUCCCAAGCGAGAUGUUUCUCCUUUUCCUUCCCUUUUCUUCCCUACUCUUUUACAAAAGUUCUAAUACAAGUUCGAGUUCUUAAACUCGAUCUAAAAAUCUUCGCCCAUCCCAAGGAUGGGGAGAUAAACAUGCUUUAUUUUUCUUGAAUCUGUGGGCAAUGCUUUGGACCCAAUUUCGUUUUGGCGUCUUUUUAUCCCUUAAAUAGAAGCUUUCUUUGCAGGCUCUUUGGACUAACUCUAAUUGAAAUGUUGAUUGUAUGUUUAAUAAUAAACAAGAGCCCAUGCAUAGAACAAUGAUUUUGUGGUAUAACCUUUCAUCGACACUAUUUUUGAUACUGCCUGCUCACAUAGCAUGAUGACGUGCGUACAUUAUUGAGAUAGGUAAAAGUACUGGGUUAUUGCCCACGAAAUCACGAAGCGAAGAAAACAAAAAAAUACUACAAGGCUACAUGUGAUAGAACCUCUUAAUGCACCGCUCCCUGAAUAGACAUCCUGGUGAAAACUCUUCCUCGUGUUUGACAUGCUGCCUCUUAACGAUGUAUUAUGAUUGCACUGCUUUUGCAUUCUCAUUUUAGGUAGCCAUGCACUACAAUCGUGACAUGCGUGCUCGCUACGUGGUUGAACAGCCAGAUCUUCCUAACCUACUGAAACUUAUGAACCUGAAAGCAAAUUGCGCCAGCAGUGGUCGGAGAAGAGCAAACGGCUUUAAAACGGCUGAAGAAGAUUUCUGGUGGGCGUGUGGGUUGUGUUUCUUCGAGCGACGGAAAAAAUCAACAGUUAAGGCCCACGUGGCACAAAGAGUUUGUCAGAAAACCUCUUUGAGGAAAGAACUGAAACAACGAAGAAAGGCAAUGGGACAUCUGAAACGAUACUCUAGUUGUGACUUUAGUAGCGAGAGGCUUGAAGGACUGGAGAAUUGGACAUGGGAAGGCCCUCAGUCUGUUUAACACUAGACUAUCAUCUGAAACUAUCAUGGAUAUCCAACUCAUGAUAUGGCAGCACGACAAUGUUGCAGUGGGGUACUGUUUUGUAAAACAAAACAGAACAAGAAUCGAUGAAAAAAGAAAAAGAAUCGAUGCUUACUACUUAUUAUCGCUAGUCAACCAAAAGCAGGCAGAGGACAAAAUGCAGGAGCGAUUGGACAAAGACUUUGCUUCAUCAGCUGCUUGCACUCCAUGAAAGUAACAUACCAGCUAAUACGAAGCCUAAACAAAGUACGACGCAUGCAAUCAAGGUACCAACUACUUUUAAGAAGGUCACUUUGACUUUACAGUGAUGUUAAAAAAACCCUUUCGAGGUUUCAAAACAAAGGAGCUAGUUGCCUGCACAUUCUGAAAAACUGCACAUUCAUAUUCAUAGUUUUCGUUCGAUCGCCAACAGUAAAAGUGAUUUUCUUCGACACCUAACCCACGCAACUGGCAGUCGUUGAACUCUCUAUGACUACUAUUCAAUUCUUUCAUUCAAUUCUACUAUGUAAGAUCAUUCAUCCUAUAAUUUACUUUCCUUAAGGACUUAAGGUUUUUGUCAGGGUCAUACUUAAGUCUACUUUACACAUCAAUAGACAAAUACUCAAGGAACAAACUGCCAUUUCAAUUAGUAUUUUCAAUACGCCAUCAACAAUAAGGCGGUUACACGACUAACCCCAACGUGAAUGGAUUGUCCCAUACAAAAGUAACGGCCUCGGUUACAUUUCAUAAAAAUGUGAGAGACAGAAUAUUAUUUGUACACUGCGGUAGUUUCAAAAUCGUUUUCUGUAUAUAGCAUAUCUGUAUAAUAAUUAUACUAUUAAAAUAUGAUAAGUGGGUUUAGGAUAUACACACAGUGAUCUUGAGUUUUAAGCAAUCUGAUUGCUCCUCCAUCGUGGAUUAAUUGUGCAAUUUCGACUCCUUACCGAGUGGAUAAUGCUUGAUCCUGAGAGCAAAAACAAGAUGGCUGGCUUUAACUUGAAAGAACUUUUGAAAAUGCAAGAAGCGAAAGUAGUCAUUCAAAUCGACUUUUAAUCGUUUUCUUUCUGAAACUGUUGAGAUCGCUUCGUGUGUACUAUAUACUUAUCAAUUAAUCUUUGCAAUCUGGGUGGAAAGGGGCUUUUGGAAUAUUUUCCUGGAUUUCAAAGAAUAACUGAUAAACAUUCUCCCUAAAUCAAGAACAGAAAAACCAUAACCAUCAAAUAGAUUAAGACAUUUCCAGACGGCUACAUAACAACGAUAUAAAUUAUUGAUUGAUCUUUAUCUCAGUGACAUGAGAAUUUUCAAGACUAAGAGUAGAUGGAUGGUAGUUACAUUAUCUAUGUUAUGGAAAGAAAAAAACUUAUUAAAAGAUCCGUUAAGGGUUAUUAAAUGAUAAUCAGAG